AUGCAUGUUGAAUGCGAGUUUUGCGAGGAACAGUUUGUCACUGCAAGCGGUGCCUUCCAUCACCUUGAGGGAGGAUGUUGCGAGAAAAGCAACACGAACGGCGACACCCUCGCUCGCCAAAUUCAAAACCUCGACAUUGACAACAUUCUGACCGACAUUGGAGAGCACAAUGGCGGACAGUGGAAGUGUAGUCUCUGCUCAAAAGGCUUUCGGACUCGCUCUGCCCUGGUAAUGCAUUGGAACUCACCAGCGCACAGCUCCAAACCAUACCAUUGCAUCAACCGUGGAUGCGAUAAGCACUUCAUCACACUAAGUGCUUUAUUCCAGCACCUUGAAAGUGAGUCCUGUGGCAUUGCUGGUUUCACCCAAAUUCCACUUUAUUAUCUUCGAUUGACCGAUUCUAUUCACAAUGGCGAGCAAAUCACCUUGUUCGACUUUGGCCGCUGA